GUAUAUAAAACUAGCCAGAAUUUCUCGACAAAAGGCAGACGUCUCUGAACGCUGACUCCAGCACAAGCAAAAGUUUUGUUACGACAAAAGAAAUUUGGGAAAAAAAUGUCUUUGAAAUUCUUGAGCUUUGCUUCCCUGGUGGUUGUCGCGAUGGCCAACGGGCCAAACGUCCCGCCUUACAAACCAGGUUACCCGGCUGCCAAGUACGAUGAUGUGCCACUUUGCGCCAAGAACUCGUCGAAACCCUGGUGUCUGUCUGAUGAAGUCUACCCCAUCUACGACAUCCAAAAGGCUUUGAAUCAAUAUCACCAAGAAGUCCUGGCACUCUACAAAGACGUAAAAGCAAUCACGCCUAAUUCUGUUGAUGAAUUGAAAGAUUUGGAAGAAGAAACUUACCUAUGCACGAGUUCUACCACUUACGUUCAACCUCUGCGAGCUGUCAACGUCGAUGGUAAAUGGCGAGUUAUCGUCAACAACGUCGAAUCUUACAACUACUUGUUUACCCAAUCGGCUCGGAUCGAAGAAUGUAAUGUCGACGUGGGAUCUAACUGCCCGCUAGUUCCAUCUUGCUAUGAAUCUAGAUGCGUUCAGAAAAAUAUUUUCCAUCGUUUCUUGGUUUUUGAUCCCUACGACUAUUACUUUCCGUUCGCUAUUGAAAAGUUCCAACUACCUGCCUCUUGUGGUUGCGUGAUUGGAGCUUACUUUCCUUGAAACGAAAAUUCAAACGGUUCCCAGUUUUUUCCUACGCCCAAAUGUCAUUAAUAUAUUACAACUGUGGCCGCACGAAUAGAUUCACUUAAAACAUUA